AUGGUUUCACUGUGCAGGCUGAAUCGAAGAACAGCAAUUGGUUUCUGGAAAGGAAAGUAUGCAUCAGAGAAUGGCAAGCAAGAAACUCAAAGACUGAAACAAAUCUUGAUUAUCACAAAGAGAGCAAACAAAGCAGAAGCUUUCCUGAGUGACGCCGCCUUGUUCCAGAACAAGAAGACGAUCCAGAAGAGCCAAACGACCGCUUCGUGCCGAGGAACUGAGACGGAAGAUGGCGGAGAAGGGACCGGCGGCGGCAGAUCGAGGCUUAUCGGAAGAGAGGGAGGAGGAUUCGUCGGAUAUGACGCAAUCGACGCGAACGACGAGAUUCUCGACCUCUUGGAAACAACGCAGCAGCGACCAAGGGCCUUGACAUCGCCAAUCUUUUUGAAAACGAGUAGGAGGAUUGAGUCGGGGAGGUAA